AUGGCGAACUGCGAGGCAGCUUCUUGUUUAGAGCACGGAGAUGGAGAUGUUCCUACAUCUGGAAACAAAGAAAAUCAUACAGAAAGUGACAGCAGCAGUUCAGAGAACACAGGAACCUCGACUGACGACAGCUCAGGGGAAGAGGAGGAGGAUGAAGAAGAGGAUGAAGACUCUGAAGCCAAUGCCGAGAGGGAAGAAGAAACUGAAGAGGGUGACGCCGAGGAGUCUAGACCUGAGUCUGAAGCACAGGGUCCAAACGGACACAAAGGGAAAGAUGAAAGACCUUUCAAGCCAUGCUGUGAAAAAUGCAAAGCGAUACAGCAGAGCCAUGGAAAUGAACUUGUUACCCCCAGGAGGAUGUCAAAGGGAAGAUUCCAGGUACAGUUGGAAGGAGAGGGUACAUAUGAGUGUACUGUUACCGGCCUGGUGUUCGAAGCGUCUGAGCCUGUACUUGUGCGGUACUCGGUCUUGUCCUGGACCAAGUUUGGUGCAUUCCUCCGGGAUUCCUGGAAGUUUGCUGGGCCAAUCUUUAAUGUGGACACAGUGAAGAAGGAUGCGUCCGUCCUCAAAUCAAUCCAGUUUCCUCACUCUGUCUGCCUCGCUGACCCAGAGAAUGAGAUGACAUUCAGUGUCCUACACAUAAAAGACAACCGUCCAAUCAUUGAGCCAACAGUGGACCACUCAGGCAGCCAUGUUAAGUGGCGUGUGACGUCCCUGUCACCCGUGGGCCCCAUCAUCCAGACGAGCCAAUCUGUGGAGCACCACGGGGUCGUCCUGAUUUAUAAACAGAUGGGCAGUGACAACAACAACUACAGCUUCCACGUCUACCUGGCCACAAACAGCCCGUCUGACAUCAAGGAUAUACGCAAUCAGGUGAGGGGUUACAAGAACCGCUACAUCUGCAUAGAGAAACCUCCCACGUGUAAACUGGAUGAGGGGACAUAUCGCCUCCUCAGUGAACCAGAGGGAGAAGUCAAACCUCAGGAUUUGAAGUUUACCCUUGCUGUGACUAAAAUGAAAGGCUACUUUGAAGCUUUCUUUGAGCAGCCUCCUCCCUUUAAAUUGUCUCUUAUAGAGACCAACACUGAAGAGACUGUGUGGUCCGCCACCAUCAGAGAAGGGGACUGUGUGGAUAACACAGAAAAAAGGCCAAGAAAGAGGACACACAGUACACGGAGGAGCAGCAGCCCCUCAGAAGAGGAAACAAACUAUAAAAGACCUCGAUGGCAGGACGAGUCAGAUGGGGGGAAAACAGUGAUGACUAAGGGCCAGGACAUGUCAGAGAGGCAGCUACUGCAGGUGGCCAAACGGCUGGGGAAGGAGUGGAAGCAGGUGGCCAUCUAUCUAGACUUGAACUCCAGGGAUCUGGAUGACAUCCAGGCGGCAGAGCAUGACGUGAUCAUGCAAAAGCUGAAGAUGCUGGUGGAGUGGAAGAGCAGAAGGCAGCCUGGAGAGGCCACAGCGUACCACCUGUGGAAGAGUGUGCAGGAACUGGACGACUUACCAAAUGAGGUUGAACAGACACUGAAAGAUAUGAUGAACAAUCGAUCAGCGAAAUGAAAGGGAUUUUGAUGGACUGUUGGAUUUCCGGUGCUCCCUCAUUAGGAAAAAAAUCUCAGGACCAAAACAUGUCAGAGUUGAUCUGUGGACCAAACAUCUCUUCAUUUUCCUGUUUGAUGCUCUUUAAUCCAUUUCUGGACAUUUAACCGUCUCGUAGUUUUCAAUAAUUGCUGCAUUUCAUGAAAGGGACUCUUAUAUUAUCAUUGUCUAUUCCUCCUAGAUCUUAAGAGGUAGUUCUUUGUUUCUGUAAUGUAUACAGACUUGCCAACCUUAACAUUAAGGUACUUUUUAUGUAGGCAGACGUUGAUGCUUGGCAUUAUCCGGUUCAAUAAUGACCACUAGAAGCCAGGAAUAGGUCAUUGAAAUAUUUAGUAGCUAAUUAUGUAGCCGUUCUCAGAUGUAAUGUAGGUGCUGCAGUGUUGAAACUGCAAAAAUUUGGAAAAAUCCAUCCUGUUGAUCUUGUUUCACUUUUUAACUGUUAACAUUUGUGGGGCUUUUUAUAAAACAGUUAGACAUUGCAUCAGGUGAGCAUGUGACUAUCCAAAGCAUUACAGACUGAAUUAUUUCUGAACUGUUUUGUAAUAUCUUGUACAUUUUUAUAUUGUGCACUCUUUGUUCUGUACAUUUUUUUUUUUUUUUUUACCACUUUGUCAGAUCAAUCAUUUAUUUUUUUAUGUGUAUUUUGUUUGUUUUUUUAAGCUUUAUUUGACCACUCUAAAGCUGUAAACUACAGUAGAUGGAGCUUUGAGAGCUCUUUAAUUCAUUUGUAACUUGAAUAUUGAAACCAUUCCUGCCCUCUUGAGACUGGAAAGGACAUGUUUGUGUGUUACAGACACUUCGUACACUGUAAA